CGAGAGGAGAGAGAGAGAGAGAGAGAAAGAGAGAGAGAGAGAGAAAAGGAGAUCUCGAAUUGCAUUCCAUUUCUCAGAGAGAUCGCAAGGGAGGAUAGGGUUCAUUCUCUCCCAUCUUCUCUACGAAGGUCCUUUUUUGCCUGCUGUCCCACUAUGUGAUAUUCAAAGGGUCAAAUAUCAUAGUUAUAUGCUUCUUCUCCAAUAAUGAAGCGUUUUGUUUACAUCAAUGAGAAUGAUGCAGUCAAGGAUCUUUAUUGCGACAACAGGAUAUCAAAUAGAAAAUAUACUCUAUUGAAUUUUCUUCCCAAGAAUUUAUGGGAACAAUUCAGGCGGUUCAUGAAUCAGUACUUUUUGCUGAUAGCAUGCCUCCAACUGUGGCCCCUCAUUACUCCUGUCAAUCCUGCAAGCACUUGGGGCCCUCUCAUCUUUAUUUUUGCAGUUUCUGCAACUAAAGAGGCAUGGGAUGACUAUAAUAGGUAUCUUUCUGAUAAGCAAGCAAAUGAGAAGGAAGUAUGGGUUGUAAAAGAUGGCGUGCGGAAACAUAUUCAAGCACAGGACAUUCAUGUUGGUGAUGUUGUGUGGUUGCGAGAGAAUGAUGAAGUGCCAUGUGACCUUGUUUUAAUUGGAACAUCUGAUCCACAAGGCAUCUGUUAUAUUGAGACUUCUGCUCUGGAUGGGGAAACCGAUUUAAAGACAAGAGUUAUUCCAUCAGCAUGUGUUGGGCUUGUAUCUGAACAAUUGCAAAGGAUCAAGGGUGUGAUUGAGUGCCCAAAGCCUGAUAAGGACAUAAGAAGAUUUGAUGCUAAUAUGAGAUUGUUCCCCCCUUUUCUUGACAAUGACUUAUGCCCUUUAACAAUCAACAACACGCUUCUUCAAUCAUGUUACCUGAGGAACACUGAGUGGGCAUGUGGAGUUUCUGUUUACACAGGAAAUGAGACAAAGUUGGGAAUGAGUAGGGGCAUACCUGAGCCCAAACUAACAGCUGUUGAUGCUAUGAUUGACAAGUUGACAGGGGCAAUAUUUUUAUUCCAAAUAGUAGUUGUCAUUGUUCUUGGCUUUGCUGGUAAUGUUUGGAAGGACACAGAAGCUCGUCAACAAUGGUACGUCAUGUAUCCUGAAGAAGCGCCGUGGUAUGAGCUUUUGGUUAUCCCUCUACGAUUUGAACUGUUGUGCUCUAUCAUGAUUCCCAUCUCUAUAAAGGUAUCACUAGAUCUUGUAAAGAGUCUAUAUGCAAAGUUCAUUGACUGGGAUGAGGAAAUGUAUGAUCGGGAUACUAAUACACCUUCUCAUGCAGCAAACACAGCAAUCAGUGAGGACCUUGGGCAAGUUGAGUAUAUUUUAACUGACAAAACAGGAACUCUCACUGAGAAUAAGAUGCUGUUUAGAAGGUGUUGUAUCAAUAGUAUCUACUAUGGAAAUGAAAGUGGAGAUGCUUUGAAAGAUGCUGAAUUGCUCAAUGCUGUCAGCAACAAUGUGCCUGAUGUAAUCAGAUUUCUGACAGUGAUGGCAGUGUGCAACACUGUUGUACCUAUUAGAAGUGACAGUGGAACUAUUUUAUAUAAAGCCCAAUCUCAGGAUGAGGAAGCUCUUGUAAAUGCUGCUGCUUGCUUGCGUAUGGUCCUUAUCAGCAGAAAUGGCAAUACACUUGAUAUAAAAUUCAACACCUCAAUUAUCCAAUAUGAGAUAUUAGAUAUUCUCGAGUUCACUUCUGAUCGAAAAAGAAUGUCAGUUGUUGUCAAGGACUGUCAAAAUGAAAAGAUACUGCUGUUGUCUAAAGGAGCGGAUGAAGCAAUUUUUCCACUUGCACGUUCUGGACAGCAAAUAAGGACAACUGUUGAAGCUGUGGAACAAUAUGCUCAAUUAGGGUUACGUACGCUUUGUUUGGGGUGGCGUGAAUUGGAAGAAGAUGAAUACAGAGAAUGGGCUCGUCUGUUCAAGGAAGCAAGCAGCACACUCAUUGAUAGGGAGUGGAAACUUGCUGAGAUUUGCCAAAGAUUAGAGCAUGAUCUUGAAAUUCUUGGGGUUAGUGCGAUUGAGGAUCGUCUACAGGAUGGCGUGCCAGAAACUAUUGAAACAUUGAGGCAGGCAGGAAUUAAUUUCUGGAUGUUGACUGGCGAUAAGCAGAACACAGCCAUCCAAAUUGCACUUUUGUGCAAUUUUAUUUCUUCAGAACCAAAAGGUCAGCUUUUGUUCAUUAAUGGAAAAAGUGAAGAUGAAGUGCUCAGAAGCUUAGAGAGAGUGUUACUCACAAUGAGUAUAACCACCACAGAACCCAAGGACAUGGCAUUUGUUGUGGAUGGAUGGGCCCUUGAAAUUGUUCUAAAACAUUACCGAGAGGCCUUUACUGAAUUAGCAAUUCUUUCAAGAACUGCGAUCUGCUGCAGGGUAACACCUUCUCAAAAAGCACAGCUUGUGGAGCUCUUGAAAUCUUGUGAAUACAGAACUUUGGCAAUUGGUGAUGGUGGAAAUGAUGUAAGGAUGAUACAACAAGCUGAUAUUGGUGUAGGUAUAAGUGGAAGGGAAGGAUUGCAAGCCGCUAGAGCAGCUGAUUAUAGUAUUGGGAAAUUUAGAUUCCUUAAAAGGUUGAUACUUGUCCAUGGGCGUUAUUCGUACAACCGUACUGCAUUUCUGUCUCAAUAUUCCUUCUACAAGUCAUUGCUGAUAUGUUUUAUACAAAUUCUUUUUUCAUUAUUUUCAGGCAUCUCUGGGACUAGCUUGUUCAAUUCUGUUAGCCUGAUGGCCUAUAAUGUCUUCUACACAAGUUUACCGGUUUUAACCAGUGUUUUGGACAAGGAUCUUAGUGAAAAAACUGUGAUGCAACAUCCCCGGAUUCUGUUUUAUUGUCAAGCUGGAAGGCUUUUGAAUCCGAGUACUUUUGCGGGAUGGUUUGGAAGAUCAUUGUAUCAUGCAGUUGUUGUUUUCCUAGUAAGUGUUCACGUUUAUGCUAAUGAGAAAUGUGAGAUGGAGGAGGUGUCAAUGGUGGCCCUAUCAGGAUGUAUAUGGUUGCAGGCUUUUGUUGUGGCACUGGAGAUGAAUUCUUUCACAAUUUUGCAACAUCUCGCUAUAUGGGGCAAUUUCACUGCAUUUUAUGCUAUAAACUGUGUAGUCAGUGCACUACCAUCUGCUGGGAUGUAUACUAUCAUGUUCCGCCUUGUUAGACAGCCAUCAUACUGGAUUACCAUGACUCUCAUUACUGCAAUCGGUAUGGGGCCCGUGCUAGCACUUAAGUAUUUCCGAUAUACAUACCGAUCAAGCGCAAUUAAUCUACUUCAGCAGGCAGAACGAUCUCGAACCCCCUUUUUCUCGAUAGGAAAUCUCGAAUCACAGUUAAAAUCCACACAGAAGGAUGCCGAGUCAUUGUCUCCACAACCAAAGUCUAGAAGCGCUGUUUAUGAGCCCUUGCUCACUGACUCCCCAACUGCUGUCAGAAGGUCCAUAGGUUCCUCAACACAAGAUUUCUUUCAGCCCUCACAAUCUAGACUGUCUUCUUACGCAAGAAAUUACAAAAGCAAAUGAGUUCUCUGAUGACUCCAAGGACCAUUUUUUUGUCAUACUCAUAAUUUGCUGUUAAUACAGAUGAUUUAGAAGAAGCAGACAUCAUAAAUUAGCAGGACAGGCUGCCUGCUAAAAGAAAAUUUUGCUGGUUCCUGCCACUGAGUCACUAAUAUGCCUCUGUUACUUUGGCCUUAAAAUUUCCUGCGAUAUUUAUACCAGUGAAUGACUAUGAACAGCUCUCUCUUUAGCAUGAUAUGUAUGUGUUUGUAAGAAGGUACAUGUUUAUAACAUUAAAGGUGCUGAAAAGUAGUUUUUUUUUUAAUUGUGGACUACUAGUUGGUAGAUUGCUCAAAGGGCUUAUCAAGGGAAUUACUUCUAUUAGGAUGCUUAUAUCACCAUGGUGGGAUUUACGUUUGUAAAGUGUAAAAUAAAUGAAAAUGAUAAAGACCUUUCAG